GCUGCGAUAGCUCACAAUUUGUCUUUUGGGUGGUCAGGUAACUCUCUUGACGAGUCAUUUUCAGCUCUUUGGCAAAAAGUGUUGCUCUUCCUGCAUUGUCAAACCUCGUCAGAUUGAAUCAGUUCGGCGGCUUCUUCUCGCUGUCAAAUCACAAUGUCCGGAAGUCCUGCUGUGAUCAUGCGGCUGGUGGCCUCUUCCUACGCUGUGGCUGAAAAGGCCGGGGCCAUCGUGAGGAAGGUCCUGCACAGUGGAGAACUUGGCAUUGUGGAGAAGACUGGAGCCAAUGAUCUGCAGACACUGGCAGACAGACUCGCACAGCAGAGCAUUUGUGCAUCGCUGUCCAGACGUUUCCCUAAAAUCACCAUCAUCGGAGAGGAGGAGCUUCCAGAUGAGGAGAUAAAGGAGGAUCUCGUUGAAAGUGGUCUCUCAGAGGAAAUCCUUCUCAAGACGUGCCCAGAAGAAUAUAGCCAUCUCAAAGAGGAGGAGCUAGUUGUGUGGGUUGACCCCCUCGAUGGCACAAAGGAAUAUACUGAAGGGCUCCUGGACAAUGUGACGGUGCUUAUUGGUAUCGCACAUGGAGGUCGAGCCAUUGCAGGUGUCAUCCACCAGCCUUUCUACAACUACGAGCUUGGAGCAGGAGCAGCUUUAGGGAGAACUCUGUGGGGGAUGCCAGGACUGGGUGCCUUUGGAUUUAAGCUGCAGGAGGUUCCAGGUGACAGACGCAUUGUCACCACCACGCGUUCCCAUAGCAACAAGCUGGUAACGGACUGUGUGGACGCCAUGGAGCCCCAUGAGGUUGUAAGAGUGGGCGGCGCUGGGAACAAGAUAAUCCAGCUUGUUGAAGGGAGGGCUUCAGCAUAUGUCUUCGCCAGUCCAGGGUGCAAGAAGUGGGACACCUGCGCUACCGAAGCCGUUCUGCAUGCCGUGGGAGGUAAACUGACGGACAUGCACGGCAAUGCAUACUGCUAUGACGCCAACGUCAAGCACAUGAAUUCGGCCGGCGUACUCGCAACACUACGAAACCAUGAGUACUAUGUCAGCAGAGUACCACAGUCAGUGCUGCAGGCCCUCAAGUCAGGGUGAGGUCUGUCUAUCUUCAGAAGUCACACCAGUAGCAGACAUUCACAACUCACACAAUCAUUCAACGUUUUAACACUAACGAUCCGUCCACAUGUGCAAAAUCCUUCUUCUAUAUGCUCUGCUCUGGUUGUGUGUCAUGCACUGUUUAAAUAGCCAGAAACAGGGAACAGACUUCAUAGGGUUUCCAUUCAUUUCAAACUAAAUCUCAAAUUGUCAUUAACACACUGAUUCCAACUUGAUCAAUAGAUUACAAUGCUUACCGGUGGUCGGUAUAAGUUAAACAUUCAUUGAGGAGUUUGAAAUGAUUCACUUGAAUGCAAUUUAUCAGCAGGUUUGCUUCAUGGAAAUAUUGAUGAGGAACAAUCUUGAGAGUAUUUACUUUGAUGGAUAACUUAAAACAGAUUUCAAUCUUGUUCCUGUAAUGUAAUUAUUCAUUAAUCUUGAAAGAUUCUGGGUGGUGGCUUUUUAUGUAAUAUGUUAAACUGAACUGAUUAACAAUAUAUUGUUUUGUUUCUUAAUUUUCCAGAAUGUAUUCUGACAUUAAACCCUAUAUGAACUUGUAUAUAUAAAAAAUUGUUAAAAAAUUCUUCAAUUGAAUUUGCCUUAAUAUAUAGUUAUACUUUUUAAACAACUUUCUUUGCCAUUACAUUUUAAGACCCAUUAUCUUAUGACUUUUCCAUCUUAUGACGUUUCCAACUCUUUUGGCAAUAUUAUAUUACGACUUUUUUCAUAAAUUAUUUCAUAUGAUUUCCUGACAAAAUAUAUUGACUUUUCAGGAUAUUUUAUUGACAAAUGGGAAUAACACCCCACUCCGCUGGUGGAAUCAGGAAUCAUUUAUUGACAUAUGUCAAGAAAUACAAGGAAUUUGACGUGGCGGUUGGUGCAGGACAGAUAUUUAGACAUUGGACAACAUAGUGCAAGGAACAAAAUACAAUGCCAUGGAUUAGUAAUCUAAAGCUAUGGGUUAGUUAAAAAUAUAGGAAUACGUUUUUUUU